UUCGCAGCCAAACAAAAAUUAAUCUUGGCUUCGGUUUGGCUGUUACCCAAUCUUAUUCGUUGCUUAUGGCUGGUGGAUUUUUGCACUUUUUCAAGAUUUCUAUGUGAUUCUAGCGAGAAAUUGAGUUUUUUGUGGGUUGGAGAGUCUAUAUUGAACAGAAGGAAUGAGUAAGAGAAGACGGACAUCUUCUGUAACUAGCAGCCGUCAGGAUGGAGAAUCUGAGUGCGGUGAAUCAGAUUCCCAGUCAUUACCAGAGCCAUCUGCUCGGAAAAGGAAAAAACUGGAUCCUAGUGAGCAGUGUCAACAAGUUUAUGAUGCUUUGAGAACACACAAAAAGGAGGAUGGCUCCAUAAUUUGUGAGGCCUUUGUGCGAGCCCCAAAGCGGCGUCAGGAACCAGGAUAUUAUGAGGUUGUUACAAGUCCAAUGGACUUCAUUAAAAUUCAACAAAAAAUUAAGACUGAUGAGUAUGAAGAGGUGGAAGAUAUGACUGCAGAUAUUGAACUGAUGGUUAACAAUGCAAAGGCGUUUUACAAGCGUACCUCCCAGGAAUACAAAGAUGCUGUUGAUUUGUGGGACCUAUUUUGCUCAUUGAAAGAUCAGCUCAAAACAGAUGGCGAUCUGGACACUUACAGAAAUAGGGGUCGACCUCGUCGUGUAAUCAAGGAAGAAGUGGACGAUACAUCAGAGGGCUCAUGUCCAGAUGACGAAAUAGCUAAUCAACUUGAAGAAUUAUUUGCUACUGUAAUGUCUGCUAAUGAAGCUGAUCGCCCAUUGUAUGCCCCUUUCCAACUUCUACCAUCCAAAAAGCACUAUCCUGACUACUAUGACAUAAUUUCUAACCCCAUUGACCUUAAAACAAUUGGACAUAAAAUUCAAAAAAAUAAGUAUUCUAGUCUUAAUGAGCUAGAACAAGAUCUCCUGCUUAUGACCAAAAAUGCAUGUACAUUUAAUGAACCGGGCUCACAAAUUUACAAAGAUGCCAAAACUCUCAGAAAAUUGAUACAAGGCAAAAAACUUGAAGUGGAAAAUAACAAAAAUUCUCCUGGGAAAUGCAGUGAGCGGAUCAGGAACAAGCGACUGCGAGGAUCUCACAGUGCUUCUGCCAUUGCUGCUGCUCUUCAAGAUGAAGAUGAUGAUGAAGAUUCUGAUGAUGAUGACCUAUCAGAUGAUGAAGAGAGUGAUAAUCCCAGAUGGCAGCUUUACCAAUCAGUCAAGAAUACUGGCAACAAUCUAAGUCAACCGUUUUGGAAAUUGCCAUCCAAACGAUACUACCCAGAUUAUUACAAAGAAAUUAAAAAUCCCAUUUCACUUCAGCAGAUAAGAAAUAAACUUAUUAAAGGUGAAUAUGGAACUGUCAGUGAAGUUGCUGGAGAUUUAAAUGUAAUGUUUGAAAAUGCCAAAAAGUACAACAGGCCUGACUCAAAACUUUACAAGGAUGCAGUCAAACUUCAAAAACAAAUGCAAAACAAAGUUCAAGAACUUUUGGACUUUCAACAGGAGUCUGAUAGUGAGGAAGAUGAUUCCGACGAAAGAGAAGAUGCUAAGAGGCCGCGGAGGAAAGCGGCAACAACACCUAAGCCAAAAGUGAAAAACCCUCAACUUAAGAAGAGACUGCAAGCCUAUGUCAAAGCCCUCAUUGGAUACGUGUGUGAGGAUGGAAGACAACCUAUUCUGCUGUUUAUGGAAAAGCCAUCUAGAAAGCUGUACCCUGACUAUUAUCAGGUCAUAAAAGAACCUAUUGAUUUACUGACAAUUGAAGCUAAUAUCAAAAAUGAGAAAUAUGCUACAGAAGAUGAUGCCAUGGAAGAUUUUAAGUUGAUGUUCAACAACUGUCGAACCUAUAAUGAAGACACCUCACUUAUAUACGAAGAUGCAAACAACUUAGAAAAAAUUCUCUAUGAGAAAGUGCGGGAGCUCGGUGGGGCGGCAAGAACACCAAGAAUUGUUCGAGCAUAUACGAGAACUGCCAAGCCCCGGAAAAUAAUGGGAUCUGUUCAAAGCAUGAAGAUGAGAACCUUGUUUGAUACCUUCCGGGAAUAUAAAGAUCCCAAGGGCCGUCAGCUUUCAGUUAUCUUCUCUAAACUGCCCAGUAAACUGGAAUACCCAGACUACUAUGAAGUGAUUAAGCGCCCCAUUGAUCUGGAUAAAAUAUCUCAAAAGUUGAGAACAAGUGCUUAUGAGAACCUUGAAGAAGUUGCACAAGAUCUCAUUUUAAUGUGUGACAAUGCCUGCAAGUACAAUGAGCCUGAUUCACAACUUUACAAGGAUGCUCUCAUGCUGCAUAGAUUGACUAUUCAAACCAAGCUACAACUGCGGGAAGAUGAGGAAUCUGUCCCAGAUGUUCAACUUGCUGUGCAAGACCUUUUAUUGUCUUUGUUCACAUCAUUUUACAAUCAUCAAGAUGAAGAAGGACGGUGCUUUUCAGAUUCAAUGGCAGAGCUCCCAGAGUAUGAUGAAAUUGAUGGGCAAAAAGUGCGCUCUCUGUCCCUUGACCUGAUAAAGCGGCGGCUGGACAGAGGUCUCUAUAGACGUCUAGAUGUAUUUCAGACUGACAUUUUUGCUGUAAUGGAAAGAGCACGCAACUUAUCACGCACGGAUUCACAAGCUUUUGAAGAUUCUGUGGAGCUGCAGUCGUUUUUCAUUAAACUGAGAGAUGAGUUGUGUCGUGGUGGGGAUUUGCUCAACUCACCUGCUCUCAACUACACUCUGUACACUUUAGCUGAUGCAGUGGAACAGACCAGACAGCAAAAACUUCUUCAGGAGCAGCCUGAAGAAGACUUAGACACUUCACGUACAGCAGAUGAAAGCAAGCCUACGGAAAACGGUGAUACUGCAGUAGAUUCUGGAAUGGAACACAACAAGCAAGUGUACCGAACAGGCGACUUUGUGUAUGUGGAGCCAAAGGAACGUGGCAUGGAUUUGAGUAUCUUAGGCAUUGAACGAAUGUGGACUGACGAAAGUGGAAAGCAGAUGAUUUAUGGAAAUUUCUACUAUAGACCUAAUGAAACUUACCAUGUAGCAACAAGGAAAUUCUUAGAGCAGGAGGUUUUUAAAAGUGACCAGACAGUUACAAUACAGUUGAAUGAAAUUUUAGGGCUUUGUGCAGUGUUGUCUGUCAGAGACUAUUUUAAGUUCAAACCUGAAGGAUUUGAAGACAAAGAUGUUUUUGUUUGUGAAUCCCGCUAUUCAACCAAAAGUCGCUCUUUUAAGAAAAUCAAGUACUGGCAAAAUGUGCAUAACGCUGCAGAGCACUACAAGUUUGUGGAGCGUGACGAAUAUAUAGAACCCAAGCGUGUUAUUUCAGUGUUCAAAGAUAGGGUUGAUAAACAUAGAGAAGAAAUAGCUGAACUUGAGGAAAAUGAGAAGUUCCAGCAUAAACAUUUACCUGAUUUGGAAAUAGUAAUGCCUCAGUGCAUGCCUGGUAUGAGGUACUAUGAGCAAAUUAAUGCAUCCUUUGGUAUUCUAAGAACUGGUGACUUCAUUUACAUUAGAAAUGAAGAGGGAUCUAGACUUAUUGGACAAGUUGAUAGCAUAGCAAGAGAUCACCAGGGUGCCACUUUUGUCCGUGGUCCAUGGUUACUUACUCCCCGUGAAAUUCUUCAAACUCCUGGAAGAUUAUUUUACAAACAAGAACUGUUUUUAAGUUGUAUUGAAGGAGUAAAUCCUUUGCAAAACAUUAUUGGGCGGUGUGCGGUAUUAGAACACCAGGAAUACAUUUCCAGCCGGCCAACGGAAAUCCCCGAGCACAAUGUGUACAUAUGCGAGUCCGUGUACGACGAGUCAAUCAGGCAGGUUGUGAAAUUGGAGCCAGAGGGUUUGAAGAAGUACAGCCAUAGCAACGCUGUCCACGAAGAUGAGAUCUACUUCUUCCGAAGAUUAAUCAAUCCACCAAAGAUUGGGUGUGAUGCCACUCAAAACUCGGUCCACGAGAAAAAUGAAAAUAGCAUGGACCAUAUUAAAAUGGAAAUGACAGAUAUGAUGGAUGACUCAUUGGACGGUGGACCUCCUUCAGUGGGGUCUGGAGAAAUGAUGGGUUCUACCAUGUCUCUAGGAAUCACAACAGCACCUAUUUCAGCAAAGAAGGCCAAGAAAGAUGGCAAAAAACUAGUUACUGGAUACAUUUUAUAUUCAAGUGAUGUGAGGAAAGCAGUUGCUGCUAAUAAUCCUGAAUCAAGCUUUGGUGAUGUGAGCCGUAUUGUUGGUACUGAGUGGCGAGGUCUACCCCAAGAAGUUAAAACUGCGUGGGAAGAGAAAGCUGCUAAGAUGAACGAGGAAAUGGCCUCCAAAAUGGCUGCCGCUGAAGCUGAAGCCAACAGCACUGCUGGACAAAUUGGCCCCAACCACAUUGUACCUGUUAACGAAAUGCUGUGGGAGUGUUGCUGGGACACCUGCGAUUUCCAAUUUGAAGAUAUUGGUGAUUGCAUUGACCACUGUGUGGGCUCUGGCAUGGAUCCUACUGGUCAUGUCCACACCUACUUUGCCAAUCAACCUGCAGAGGCAGAAUGGCAAUGUCAGUGGAAGAAUUGUGGUAGAAUCAAGAAAGGAGCCCAACCUUUCCCUAACCUUCAGCGCCUAGCCAGGCAUGUUAAAGAAGUUCACAUUCAAAAGAGCACUGGCCGAAUUAUACCCCUUCAUGAAAGAAGCAAAAACUUUGUAAUAUCUCGUAAGCCAAGAGCAGUACCACUGCAAUCUGCAACUCUGAGUCAUUCCCAACCGACACUAUUAAAUCACACUGGAAUGUCUGGAGCCAACCACAUCUUAUCUCAGGCAAGAAAUACACCCUCACCUCACUCUCAGCACAACAAUGUCGGAGUAGUGCACCAGCUACCUCCCAAACCCGUGGAGGCUCUGUUUGUCUCUGUACCACCCAAACCUCAAAGGCUCCUGCACUCGGAAGCUUACAUCAAGUACAUUGAAGGCUUGUCAGCAGACAGCAGGUCAAUCAACAACUGGGAGAAGCAACUGAAAGCUAGGCCUGAAAAUACUCCACUUUCAGAUCAAGCUAAAUUACCAGGCCACUGGUUAGCCAAUGGUGUUGGAAAUCAUGGUACUAUGGUGAAUGCUUUGUGGACCCUUAGGGACUUUAUGGUACGAGAUGCUUUAGGUAUUUCCAAGCUUGUCUGACAUCAAGCCAGGGCUUUGCCACUUCGAAACAGUGGUGGCAUUGUCCUCAAACGCUUGUAAAUUUUGCAGUUUGCUUUGGCACUGCAGGUUGUGAAGUGGAUAGUUACGGAUAUUUGUACUUAUUUAUAUAUUAUGAAAUUUUGAAUAUUUUGUGAAUUUGACUGACCUUCCUUUUACCUUGUGCAAUCAAUUUGGUAAUUAUUUUAGACGAAUAGUGUAAUUUAAUUUCUUGCAUGUUAUGUUGUUAAAUUUACACUUCCAUGGUUGUUCAGUUCAUGAUUCACCCAAUUUUAGUUAAUCACAGUCCAUGAUUGUUGUUGUGUUAUUGUUAAUGGGGGACAAAAUGAAUAGAAAAGAUUGGGACAAUAAGUGUUUCAUAAUUGAUGGAGUCUCUAGUAAUAGUUCUCUCCUGGUAUAUUUAUGGCAAACUUUCCUUUAGUUAGCCAUUUUGUCAUAUUUCAAGUUACCCGUGUUAAAUCUGUUAUUCAUCUGUUGAUAGGAUGCUGAUGAUUUGUUUUUCCUGUAACCUACCUUCCAACCUCCCGGUGUUGUUUUGUCAGUUUUUGUUUUAGUUUCACAUGUGCGUCAAUGUGUUUGUUUUAAGCACCCCCUCGUUUGUAUUCUUUGAAUGGAUAAUUCAAGCAAUUAUCUUAAACUAUUGCAGAAUAUAUAACAAUUGUUAAAUAUUGUUAAAUACUUACUGGUAUUAGUUUUGCAUGCACCAGUGAGACAUUGGCAUGUUUAUAUUAAUUUAUGAAUUUUGCUAGAUUUCAUGAAAUGGACUUAGAUCUGAACCAGCUAGCGGAAAACUGCCAUUAUGAGAAUGUUUGAUGUUCUUAAUGUUUUGCCUUCUACGAAAUAUUGACAAACUCUAAAUGAAUGUACAAUUGAAAAACUUUCUGGUUAAUAAAAUCCAAGACCAAAUUUGCAA